AUGUUUAGAAAACUAGCAUUUUUAAAUAAGAUUGAUAAUUAUUUAUUUAGCCAACAUGACUCUUAUUUACAAUUCGCUAAAAAGGCAUAUACGAUAUCAGACAGAAAUUUUCUGCCGCAUUGGGACCAAAAACAAUUCUUCCACGUUAAUUUGCCACGCAAUAAAGAUGUUAGAAGUAUAGAAAAAAGAAGAGAUGCGCAAAAAAGUGCAAAAAAUAAUUACAGGGUGGAGGAAAGCAUUAACAUUGAUCAAAGUCGGAGUGAUUUGUAUCCUUCCGUAGACUUACCUAACUCUUUAUUCGAUGGGAUUCCUUAUCGAGAUUUACCUGUUAUAAGUGUGAGAGCUACUCGUAACAAUACCAUUAUGAAUGUCAGUGUUAAAGAUAUGAAUAAGUUUUUUAGGUCAUGUGGAAUGGAAGGAUAUAAGAAUACCAGAAAAGGUACAAAUGUAGCAGCUCAAGCGACAGGAUACUCGGUUGCAAUGAGAGCAGCAAAAUUAGGAAUUAAAAUAGCUAGGGUUACAAUAUCUGGUAUUGGCCCUGGUAGAUCAAGCGCUCUUAAAGGUCUUCAAUUGGGUGGUAUGAAAAUUGUAUCGAUUACAGAUCAAACUAAAGAUACAACUGCGGGUAGACCAAAAAAGCAAAGAAGAAUAUAA